AUGGCCGGGGUCCGUCAAAAUACUAGCAUUCCCAUCCCCGCCAUCAUUCGCUAUGAUGAGACCGAUAAGAACAUUAUCGGUCAUGAAUUCUCGCUGCUCGAAAAGGCUCCCGGGAAGAGUAUUGAUCAGAUUUACCAUACGCUGUCCGUAGAGGUCCGCACUAAAAUGGUCCACCAAAUGACGGACUAUCUGAUCGAGCUUCAUGCGCACCCCUGGGAUGGUUACGUCGGGGGAUUGACACCCACGAACGGAGAGGUCACUCCCGGCCCUCCAAUUGAUGAGAACUUUGGGCAAUUGCCCGAUCUAGAGAAGUAUUGGGCAGGAUCCGAGUCUUUGGAGUCCUUGAACCCGAUUCCAUCUCAAGGGUUCGCUGGCUUUGUCGCCUUCACCGUCGGGUGUCUCGAUCACUACAUCUACCUGUGCAUCCUUCUUGCGUGGUUUCAUCUUCUACGCCCUCUUCCGUCACCUGAAUGCAAAGGAAGACGACAUGAACGCCCUUGA